CGGCGCGCCUUAGGACCCAGAAGGCCCCGCCAGGCGGCAGUUGUGUAGAUCACUGGGAGACUCUAAAAGGGUCCAGUUUUAAUUCUCUCUCUAAUCUCUGCAACAGCCGCGCUUCCCACAACAGCUCAAGGUUGGGCUGAUCCCGACUGUGGCUUUGGAUUUUUUAUCCCCGCUCCCAAUCCCCGGCGGAAACCGCAUUAACUGGCUCCUUCGCAAUGGAAACCCUCGAGGAAAAAGUGGCUUCAGUCGCUCGAGCCUGAGAUCGCGGUAUCUAAAGGAGAGGGGCACGAAAAUGAAGACGCUGAUGCGCCAUGGGCUGGCUGUGUCUUUAGCGCUCACCACCAUGUGCACUAGCUUGUUGCUCAUGUAUGGUAGCAUCGGAGGCGGAGGCGCUGGUAGUGGCGGCGGCGGAGGAGGCGGCAGUAGCGGCGACGGAAGCCCGAAAGAGCAAAGUCAACCGCAGCAGCAGCAGCAGCAGGUGGCGGUGACGGCGAGCCAGAAGCCGGAGAGCCCUCAGCAACUGGGCGGCAGCGGGCAGAGGCGCCUCCCCAACCGCCCCUUGGAAGGCUACAUCGGGGUCCUGGACCACAAGCCUUUGAAAAUGCACUGUGCAAGCUGUGCCCUAGUAACAAGUUCUGGACACCUCUUGCGAAGCCAGCAAGGGAAGAAGAUUGACCAAACAGAGUGUGUAAUACGAAUGAACGAUGCGCCCACACGGGGAUUUGUAAAAGAUGUUGGAAACAAGACAAGUCUGCGAGUCAUCGCUCACUCCAGUAUGCAGAGAAUUUUGCGAAAUCGCCAUGAACUGUUAAAUAUGAGCCAAGGGACUGUAUUUAUCUUCUGGGGUCCAGGCAGCAACAUGAGGAGAGAUGGAAAAGGAUUAAUUUAUAACAAUCUGCAACUGAUGAAUCAGAUACUACCUCAGUUAAAAGUAUACAUGAUAUCCCGGCACAAGAUGCUUCAAAUUGAUGAUCUCUUCAAGCGGGAAACUGGAAAAGACAGGAAGAAGUCGAACACUUGGCUGAGCACUGGUUGGUUUACAAUGAGCAUCGCAUUAGAACUAUGUGACAGGAUAGACGUCUAUGGCAUGGUGUCACCAGAUUUCUGCAGGGUUCCUAAUCAUCCUUCAGUACCUUAUCAUUAUUACGAACCUGUAGGACCUGAUGAAUGUACAAUGUACAUUUCACAUGAACGGGGAAGAAAGGGCAGUCAUCAUCGUUUUAUCACAGAAAAACGAGUGUUCGAGAAUUGGGCCCGGACAUUCAAUAUUCACUUUUUUCAGCCAGACUGGAAACCAGAAUCCCUUCCUAUAACUCAUGCUAAGAUUAAAAUGGUAUUCUAAGGAAUGAACGCACAAAGUUGUAAUCACAAUCACUUACUGUAUCAGGCUUCAGGGGAACUGAACAUUGUAUCAGAGCAAGCCAACCUGGAAAAAAGAAAGGUUAACAGGGUUUGCGGAUAAAAACUGCUACAAUAUUCAGGAAGUUAUUGCAAAGGAGUACCUAAAAUGGACAUUUGGUAUCCAGUUGUAUCUUAAUUGAACAUUUUAACUUCUGUCCAUCAGCCUCACAUAUGUAUAUGUGAUUUGUUAAAAAGAGGAGGAAAGGGAUGAAGAAACCUGUGGUAUAAUAAAAAUAAUUCAAGAGAUGUUUAAUUCUUUAUGUUUUUAAGGCACAUUGCCGCUGGGUUUUCAUAGUGACAUUUAACAGUUACUUACUUAGUGGAGGUUUUUUAAUGCAAUCCAGUAUUUUUCUAUUUCACAAUGAUAUGGUUAUUUAUCUUUCAUAAUCCCUCCAAAACUGAGGAUUUAUAUACUGCUGCUGGUUUAAGGCCCAGCUUCUUGUUUAUACAUUUUCUCUUUGAAAUAUAAGAUGAUUCUAUCUAGCAUGUAAUUAAUAUUUGAUCUGGAAGCUAUGCGCUUUAUUUAUUUCUUUUUUUACUCUUGGGCACUGUUCCAGCAUCAAGCCAUUUGACAGCAAGCACAUCUUUAUGUGAAGCUCUAGCAGAGGCGGGUGCCCAAAAUUACAGUAUGCGACAUCACACACACAAAUAAAGAGAAAUGCAGAGGACCAGUUUAGGGACUUUCCAUCUCUCAGUCAUUGUUUAUAGUCUUUUCGUAUUUCUAGCAACUCACUUUCCAUAGUAUCACAGCAGUCUGGCCUUGUGCUGCCCUCAACCUACCUGACCAAAAGGUGUUCUAAGCAAGCUGAGCCACUAACGUGCAGGUGUUGGUGUGUUGUUUUUGCACAUGAUCUGCGAGCAAUUGCUUAGUUUGUUUUUUUCAAAUUUAUAAAAGCGUUUUACAGAAAUCAUUGUUAUGAUGAUGACAAGCUAUACAAGCUGACAUGGGGGCAGUAAUGAAACCAACAAAGGCCGACUGCAUCCUUCUCUGGGCAUAGCAGAGCCCAGACCUUUGUAAAUACAGGGUUUGUGUAUAACUAAGUAGCAGCUGAGGGAAGGCAGGUGAACACAGAGGAAGUUUCCACCUCGUCAACCAACUUCAUGUAAGUUUUGAGGUGUGCUAAGCAGACUGCAUGGUUCAGUGAUUGAGUCCAACGAAUUCUAUGUGGAUCUAAUGUUGGUCCUGACUCAACAAGAAUAAAAGGUGCCGGUUUCUUUUCAGAUGCUCUGGACAAUAUGAUUUUUUUUCAAAUCAGACUGAAUGGCACUAAUAGUUCUGUAUGUUGAUACUUGCACAUUUUGUUUUUGUGGGAUUAUACCUGGCUGAUGAAUAAAGAGGAUUUCAUUUUCA